CCGAGCUAAUUUUCCAAUCUUAUUUAGGUAUAUUUCACAACAGGAAAAAUAUUAUUACCAAUUUUCAUUUAAACACAGAAAUCAUUACAAGAUGGCAGAGAAAAUGAAAGCUCCUAGUGUUGACAGACCAGAAUUAGCUAAACAUGACAGUGCUAUAUUAGAUUUAGCUUUCGCUAUGGACUGUACAGGAAGUAUGGGAUCUUAUAUCAAAACAGCACAGCAAAAUAUUCGUGAAAUAGUUGAGACGAUUGUAGCUUCAGAGAAAAGUAACGUACACUUAGCUUUAGUGGAAUACAGAGAUCACCCACCACAGGAUGCUACAUUUGUUACACGAACACACGAUUUCACGUCUUCAGUUUCACAAAUGAAAACUUGGUUGGAUGCAUGUAGCGCACAGGGUGGAGGAGACUGCCCAGAGGCAGUCGCUGAUGCUCUCCAUGAUGUGUCGAAACUAAGUUGGCGAGAGGAAGCCACUAAAAUCUGUGUGUUAGUAUCUGAUGCCCCUCCUCAUGGACUGUCACAAAGUGGUGAUUCUUUUCCCGAGGGGUGUCCAGCAGGAUUAGACCCUAUUGAUAUCACAAGGAAAUUGGCCGAAAAGGGGAUUACAUUAUACACUGUUGGAUGUGAACCAGCAAUUCUUUCUUAUAGGGACUUUUUCAUGGCAUUGGCUUACAUGACAGGGGGUCAGUACACGCCUCUUGGUGGUGCGAAGCUUUUGACAAAAAUUAUUAUUGGAGGAGCUCAAGAAGAAAUGUCCCUUCAACAAUGGAUGGCCGAUGUUGACGUAGAGGUUCAAAGUCGUAUAGCAUCCGGACAUGAAAUAGACGACGAGGCUAUGACUAGAGACUUGCAUGCAAAACUUGCUUCUAAAGGUGCAAGAUCGAAACAGUUAGUGAGAAACAAUGCUGAACUUGCUGGAAUUUCAUCAAAAGCAAAGGCUAUGUCUUCACAGAUGGACAUGAAAUCUGCUAGAUCGGUCUUCAAAAGUUCAAUGGUUGAAACAGAGCCCGUUAUGGAUGAAGCAAGAUGUUCCGACAUGUACGCAGCUAUUGAAACCGAGACAUCCCACUAUCAGGUUAAUCGGAUGCUACAGAAAUCUAAGGCACGUAACUUUUAUAAAAAGUGAACAUUUACUGAUUUUUUUGUGUAUCUUGUUAUAGUUGACGUUUUCUAGAUAAGCCAUCAUAUUAUAAUUACACAUAUAAACCAUAUUUAAUGUUAUAUAAGAAUUGAAAUAUUUUUGUAAGCAUUCACAUUUUUUAUCCAGACAUUUUUAAUUGCUCAAAAUUAGUUUAUUAUAUAGUUGAAACUAUAUUUAACAAAACUUUAAAUUGUCAAUCAGUCUCUAUAUCAUAGUUUUCAUAUUUCUCUCAUCGUUGUAUAUCAUUAUGCUCUAACUCCUAUACUAAGUGUGAAUAUCGACAGUUCAACAGUUUCACGUCAAUCAGCAUUUUUUUCAAUGUUUUUAAGGAGAUUGUUGUUAAUAUUUUUUUCGUUGUUACAGGUUGUAGAAUCUUAGAAUUUAAUUAAGAUUAUUUUCUUGCAUUCUGUACGCAUGCUGUAAUAAAUAUUUGUCGUAGGUCAAAAAAAAUAUGAAAAACAUGUAUUUGUCAUUUUACAUGGACCGAACACAUCUUAGAUUGUAAAUGUAUACGUAUAUUGCAAUAUUGUUCUUAUAAAAUUGUCAUUAAAUUGUUUUAUAUUGUCCAAUUAAUCGA